CCAAUAAGGUUCUCAAGAUGCGAAUAGCUUAUUUUUCCGGGCCCAAUGCAAUUUUUUUCUAUUUUUGUGUACUUUUAAAAUUUUCAUCAACAUUUGGAAACAGAGAUGGAAAAAUUUUCAAUGGACAUCUUACGGGAGCUGCCAACACAAAACAUCAAGUGUCUCUUCGUGAGAAAGUCAUGGAUGAAUUCUAUUUUGGUUUAGGUUUUGCUUGCGGUGGAAGUUUAAUAAGUUCAAAUGGUGUCUUAACAGCUGCACAUUGUCUUCGAGAUUCUUUCAAUAAUCCUAUAAAUGCCUCCGAAAUGGUUGUUGCAAUGGGAAACCUUGUAAAAAAUGUCCGAGAUAAUGACACUUUAGUAUUCAAUAUCUCGAAAUAUGUGUCACAUCCGAAUUAUAAUCGUACAACUAUUACUUUUGAUAUUGCGUACAUUUUGCUGGACGGCAAGGUACCAACUGGUCAUCCAACAAUUCAACCAAUUAGCUUGGUUGAUGCUAGAAUGCCUGUGGAUACUAUUUGUGAAGUUACUGGCUGGGGAUAUACCGAAGAAGAAGCUCCAUCAGAUAACCUAUUAGCUGUUGAUGUUCGCAUAAUCGACAUCAACGUUUGUAAUCAAGGCUAUGAGGGUAUACUAAAAAUAACUGGUCAAUUAUGUGCUGGGUAUAUGAGUGGCCAAAAAGAUGCUUGUUCUGGAGAUUCAGGCGGUCCUUUAGUGUGCGAUGGGAAACUUACUGGAAUUGUUUCAUUUGGUGUUGGCUGUGGAACUGAAAAUAAGCCUGGAAUUUACACGGAUGUUUUGUAUUACAGGGAUUGGAUUCAUGAAGUUGGAGGUAGUGGAAAUCAUUCCAGUUCAAAUAGUGUAUUGCUUUUAUUAGUUACGUUAUUAAUAAGCAUUUUUAAGUUCUUUAUCAAAUGAUUAACUUUAGAUAAAUGGAAUUUUGAA